AUGGAAGUUGAUGAUCCAAAAUACAUGGAUGUUGCGAAUCAGGUGAUAAGUUAUGCCAGUGGCCUUCCUUUAGCCCUUGAAUUAAUAGGCUCUGAUUUGUAUGGUAAGAAUGCAAGUGAGUGGGAAUCUAUGCUAGAUGGAUGUAAAAGAAUCCCUCAUGAUCAGAUUCAACAAAUAUUAAAAGUAAGUUAUGAUGGGUUAAAACAACUUGAAAAAGAUGUUUUUCUUGACAUUGCUUGCUUUUACAAAGGGAGUGGAUUGGAAUAUGUCAAAAAGAUGAUAGCAACUGUUCAUGAUUUUGAUCCAUACUAUCAUAUUGGAGUGUUGGUAGACAAAUGCCUCAUAAAGAUUGAUAGCACCAAUUGUAUUACAGUUGAUUGUAUUGAAAUGCAUGAACUAGUGCAAGAUAUGGGGAGAGAGAUAGUUCGUCUGGAAUGA